GUAUGUCGACUUAAAUUAUCAACCCUUCUAAUUUGUUUUUGUUUAUUUUGUGAAUUUCUUUAGUGUAUUAGUUGAAAAUAGGUGAUUAUGGUUUGUAACCUUUGCAUUGAGAUUCUUGGACCAGCUUUGGCAAUGACCCCUACAAAGUGUUUUGUACAAUGCUAAGACCUAAUCAACAUUACAGUUGUUUACAGUAUUUUGUUCUUCAAAGAUGAAGACAAAUGAACUCAGCUAAUACUGUAUUUAUAGUGUGUUCAAAAUAACUAAUACCACACAGACAUUGUUUAUUAGAUAAUGUUAAAUUAAAACUUAAUUAUGGCGGCAAGCAAUCUGCAGAAACAAGCAUCAAAAGAUGUGCCUGGUGGUAUACCAAGUAAAGAAGAGUGCAUUUACACAUCUCAUUACUGUGAGGAGAAUAUCUGGAUGCUUGUGAAAAAAAUUCAAGAGACCACCCCAGAAAAUUUACCUAAUUGCUUUGUUGUGUUUAUUUCAAAUGAAAAUAAAUACAUACCAUUAUGGAGGCAAUCCUCAAGCAAACAUGAAAACGGGCUAGUCGUGUGGGAUUAUCAUGUUAUAAUGGUGUAUUACAAUGGAAUCAAAUCAUGGGUCUAUGAUUUGGACACACAACUUUCAUUUCCAUCACAGUUUAGUGAAUACAGUAAAGAGACUUUCAAAUCAGACGACUUUCUGAAUCCGCUCUGCCACAGGUUCUACCGAGUUGUACCAGCUGAAAGCUUCUUAAAAUACUUCUCCUCUGACCGAAGAGAUAUGAAGAAUGAAGAUUCGUCAUGGAAAAUGCCACCUCCUCCUUAUCCUCCUAUAAGAAGCUGUGAGGAUAUUCACAACCUCCCUCAUUACACAUCUAUGAAAGCUAGCAACGAUUCCGGCCUAAUAAGUAAGUUUGGCAAUGUCUUCAAUUUAAAAGACUUUAUAGACAGAUUUACAUGCAAGAAAAGUCCAGAUGUGAACUAUAUGUAUCCACCAGACCCCUUGCAACCAAGUUGGAUGGCUUAACUUAAGAGUUUUAUAGACCUAUUUCAAAUUCUUGAGCUCUAGGCUAAUGUUAGAUUUGAAUUUAAUGUGGUUAGUAGUUUACAAUAUUUAAAGACCAUAAAAGCUAUGCUAAAUUGUACCUAACAAACAAAAUAUCCCUUGAUAAACACAACAAUCGAACAAUGCUCAAAACAGUAGCCUAAGUUAAUUAUUUGAAGUUUCAUUUGCAUUGUUCUGUGUUAAACUUAAGUAAUUUUGAUUCCCUGUAAUAAAAAUAGGAUAUUUUAAAAUGCUUUCUCACAGUCAAAAGCUUUACGCAACUUACUGCUUCUAACUUAUAGACCUAAAUAAUUACAAGCAGCUAAACUGCUAUAGUAGGUAGGCCUACAUUACAAUUUGGCUUCCUGUGUAAUAGUUCAGUGAUGCGACAUCUGCCUCCCAGAAGGCAGCGAUGUCGGCAAGGAUUGAGUUGAAUGCGUCGCUGCCACAUGUACUCCGCCAAGUAGGUAUACAGCGCGCUGUGGUGGUUAUGUUAGGUUGGGUAACACGAAAGUACCAAUUUUUCAGUAGACCCUUUCUUUGGAUUAAAGGACAUAUUUUUAUUGUUGCUUUAGUGCAUCUGACUUAGCUGCUGAGACAACGUUAAUUUUACAAAAUGAAAUAUAGGCUACCUAACCAACUUUGACAUCAAACUCACAACUUUGGAUCACUUUUAGCACAAUAACCAAUAGCAUUUCUUCAUUCAGCAGAUUAACCUACUUUAAAAAUAAGCUAGAUGGAAAAUACUCAUGAUUUUUGUACAUCCUUUACCAUUAUGCGUUUGUUUUAUAUUUAACCUUUACAAUUAUUUUAUAAGAAGAUACAUUGUUUUAAGUAGUUUAAAUUUGUUCUUCUAAGAAGAAAUUAUUUUAUCAUUUUGAUAUUUGAUUGUAUUUCCAAUGGAAAACAUAAGGAAUCUCUCGGUUCUUUUGGCUACUUAGGCCUAGAAUAUGGUGCUAAAUGUUUUAUUUUAAGCUUAUACAUUUGUAUUUGCUCUAGAUAAUAAUUGGUUACUGAAAAUUCAGUUCUAUCCUUCAAAAAAUAUUUGAUCCGUAAUGUAGUUAUUAUCAUAUUUUGUUGAUCAUAUGUUUGAAGAUCAUGACAGGUACCUAAUUCAUUAUAUCAUAGUGUAAUUGUUAUCAUAUUUUGAUGAUCAUAUGUUUUAAGAUCAUGGCAGGUAUAGGCCUACCAUAGUUAUUUAUAGUGUCACUGGCUACAAACAAGAAGCCUACUACAAGAAGUCAGAACAUACAAUGUUGCUUGUACUUAAUACAAUUGUUAAGUGUCUCUGUUACAUCCCUAAGGAUUUUCUCCCUUCCUACUUAACUGAUUGUUACGAUUGAGACAAGUUUGUAACCCAUAAAAGUCACAAUUUAUGCACACGCCUCCAACCAUAUAACUUGUCACAAAAAAUUGGUUUGUCAUUUACAAGAAUGCAUUUUUUAUCUCCAAAUUUCAUUGGAAGGGAUAAUUAAAAAAAAAAAAUUUAAAGAGGUUGGCAGCCUCUUUAACCUUGCAUUUUUCCGUCCACAUAGGCUAUGAACCUGUGCGUGGAACGUAUCCAGCAAAGUAAGGGGUGAGCCGGUACAGUGCAUAAAAUGUACUGAUAAAAAGAAGUGACAGUGACCAGGAUUCGAACCCACAACAUCUCUGCCUUGGGCCAUUGACUUACCUUUGAGUACUGUAUUACCAUAACAGUGACAAUUGGGUAGGGGGUAGCAUGUGUCCAAAUUAGAAAAAAUCAUGAAAUUAUUACAUCCUUGUCUUGUAAUAGCCCGUAACAGGUUUAGUUUUUAGCUCUUGUAAAAACAUUAUUUGAAUGUUUAAUUUAAUGGGAAAAAGGAAAAAAAUGCUCAAGUAGUCUUCCAAUAGUAGUGAAAUAUAAAAUGACUUUUGGCACCUUAUUAACAAUCUCAAUGGUUUAAGUGAUCAAAAUAAUG